GUGCAGAGGACGCCGCCUCUUGCUCGUUCUCAGCAAUCUCAGCAUCUAUAGUUGCCGACCACCUGCUUGUUCCAAAUUUCCAACUAUACUUUCUCUGGAAGAGUACGUAAAAGAGCCAAGAUAUCUAGCAAUGGAGGACGCCCGUCAUUACUCGUGAGAAGUCUUCUGCUCCAAAUCUUAUCGACCUACUUGUUUCCUGGGAAAAUUUCAGGAAAAUAAAAUCCCUUUUCAAUUUAAAGCUUCGGAAAAGAGGUAGGAAUAAAAGGGUGUAGCUUUGUUUGUUUUGUGGGUAGCUAUGGCGACCAAGAAACCGCAAAGAUCCCCAGAAGAAAUUGAAGAUAUAAUUCUGCGGAAAAUCUUUCUCGUAUCGCUCAUAGAUUCCAUGGACAAUGAUUCAAGAGUCGUGUACUUGGAAAUGACGGCUGCUGAAAUUCUCAGCGAGGGCAAGGAAUUGAGGCUUUCGCGGGACUUGAUGGAGAGGGUCUUGAUCGAUCGGCUUUCUGGCAAUUUUGUGGCGGCUGAGCCGCCGUUUCCGUAUUUAGUUGGGUGCUAUCGGCGAGCGCACGAGGAGGGAAAAAAGAUUGCUUCCAUGAAAGAUAAGAAUGUGAGGUCUGAGAUGGAAUCUACGGUGAGGCAAGCAAAGAAGUUGUCAGUUUCGUAUUGUAGGAUUCAUUUGGGAAACCCGGAUAUGUUUCCCAAUUGGGAUUCAGGUGCAAGUAAGUCAGCGGUUUCCCCAUUGUUGCCGUUGAUUUUUUCAGAGGUUUCAAGCUCGGUUGAUGGGUUUGGAGGCACUAGUAGUAGUGGCGGAGUUGCUUGUCCACCAGGUUUUCUGGAGGAAUUUUUCCGGGACUCAGAUUUUGAUAGUUUGGACAUGAUUUUGAAAGGACUGUAUGAAGACUUGAGGGGCAGUGUGCUGAAAGUUUCAGCUCUUGGGAACUUUCAGCAGCCUUUGAGAGCUUUGCUGUUCUUGGUUAGCUUUCCAGUUGGCGCAAAAUCAUUGGUGAAUCACCGUUGGUGGAUUCCAAAAGGGGCAUAUUUGAAUGGUCGUGUUAUAGAGAUGACGAGCAUUCUGGGUCCUUUCUUUCAUGUCAGUGCAUUGCCUGAUCAUACUAUUUUCAAGAGUCAGCCUGAUGUCGGCCAACAGUGCUUUUCAGAAGCAUCUACUCGUCGUCCUGCUGAUAUGUUAUCUUCAUUCACGACAAUCAAGACUGUCAUGAAUAACUUAUAUGGUGGCCUAACUGAUGUUCUUCUCGUUCUUCUAAAAAAUACUGACACUCGUGAAAGUGUUCUUGAGUAUCUUGCUGAGGUGAUUAAUAAAAACUCAUCAAGAGCUCACAUACAGGUUGAUCCAAUAUCUUGUGCAAGUUCUGGAAUGUUUGUUAAUUUAAGUGCUGUCAUGCUUAAGCUUUGUGAGCCAUUCUUGGAUGCAAAUUUAUCUAAAAAAGACAAAAUUGAUCCGAAAUAUGUAUUUUAUGGUUCCCGUUUGGAUUUGAGGGGGUUGACUGCUCUACAUGCAUCAUCAGAAGAGGUUGCUGAAUGGAUUAAUAAAGAUAAUCCUGCAGGGAAUGAAUGCUCUGGACAGCAUGGUAAUGUAGAAAACCGUCUUCUACAAUCUCAAGAAGCCACUAGUUCUGGAAGUGAGGCUGGCGGAGCUUCUCUCCUUAAUAGCAUCAAGCCAAUGUCAAGUAGUGGGGAAAAAUCUAAAUACCCUUUUAUUUGUGAAUGCUUUUUUAUGACUGCAAGAGUCUUAAACUUGGGUCUUUUAAGAGCAUUCUCUGACUUUAAGCAUCUAGUUCAGGAUAUUUCAAGAUGUGAAGAUACACUUGCAACUUUUAAAGCCAUGCAAGGGCAAGCGCCGUCCCCACAACUAGAUCUUGAUAUAGCUCGGCUUGAGAAAGAAAUUGAGUCGUAUUCUCAAGAAAAGCUAUGUUACGAAGCUCAGAUUUUGAGGGAUGGGACACUUAUUCAGCAUGCCCUCUCUUUCUACCGGUUAAUGGUAGUUUGGUUGGUUGGUUUGGUUGGUGGCUUUAAAAUGCCGCUACCAUCAACUUGCCCAGUUGAAUUUGCAUGUAUGCCCGAGCAUUUUGUGGAAGAUGCCAUGGAAUUGCUUAUUUUUGCGUCUCGAAUUCCUAAAGCUUUGGAUGGAAUCUUGCUGGAUGAUUUUAUGAAUUUCAUCAUCAUGUUCAUGGCGAGUCCAAAGUUCAUCAGAAACCCAUACCUGAGAGCAAAGAUGGUUGAGGUUUUGAACUGCUGGAUGUCUCCUGCAAGUGAUUCUUUUCAUGUUAUGAGUACUCUAUUCAAUGGGCAUGAACUCUGUCUGAAGUACCUUGUGAGGAAUCUUCUCAAGCUUUAUGUUGACAUUGAAUUCACAGGUUCUCACACACAGUUUUAUGACAAGUUCAACAUCCGUCAUAAUAUUGCUGAGCUUCUCGAAUACCUGUGGCAACUUCCUUGCCACCGCAGUCGAUGGAGGCAGAUUGCCAAGGAAGAGGAGAAGGGUGUCUACCUAAACUUCUUAAACUUCCUGAUCAAUGAUAGCAUCUAUCUUCUAGAUGAAAGUCUUAACAAAAUUCUUGAACUCAAAGAGCUGGAAGCUGAGAUGUCUAACACAGCUGAAUGGGAGCGUAGACCAGCUCAAGAGAGGCAGGAGAGAACCCGAUUAUUUCACUCCCAGGAGAAUAUUAUCCGGAUUGAUUUGAAAUUGGCCAAUGAAGAUGUGAGUAUGCUGGCAUUUACAUCAGAGCAGAUUACUGCUCCUUUUCUACUUCCAGAGAUGGUUGAAAGAGUAGCUAACAUGCUCAACUACUUCUUGCUGCAACUUGUGGGCCCCCAGAGGAAAUCUCUUAGCUUAAAAGACCCUGAAAAGUAUGAGUUCCGUCCAAAACAGUUGCUUAAGCAGAUUGUCCACAUAUAUGUCCAUUUGUCGAGGGGUGAUUCGCUGAAUGUUUUCCCAGCUGCCAUUUCAAGGGAUGGCCGAUCAUACAAUGAGCAGUUGUUUGGUGCUGCUGCAGUAGUCCUUCGGAGAAUUGGUGAAGAUGGAGGAGUAAUUAAAGAAUUUAUAGAGCUUGGUGGAAAAGCUAAAAUUGCAGCUUCUGAGGCCAUGGACGCUGAAGCUGCUCUUGGGGACAUACCGGACGAAUUCCUUGAUCCAAUCCAAUACACUUUGAUGAAGGAUCCAGUGAUCUUACCUUCAUCCAGGAUUACAGUAGACCGACCUGUCAUUCAGAGGCAUCUUCUUAGUGACAAUACCGACCCAUUCAACCGUUCCCAUCUUACAGCAGACAUGCUGAUUCCAGAUGCUGAAUUGAAGGCAAGAAUUGAAGAGUUCAUUAGGUCCCAAGAAUUAAAGAAGCACACGGAAGGCUUAAGCAUGCAGACCACCAAAGCAACGAUGCAAACCACCAAUGGUGGAAUGACUUUAGUUGAUUAGGAUAGGGAAGGCAUAAGCAUUAGCAAGCAGAGCACCAGAGCAACAAUACAAACGACCAAUGGUGGAAUGACUUUGAUGAGGGGGUGUUGCCUCGUCUCAUUUACUAAUUCAGUAGAAGGCAGGCUUGGGGCGCCUUCAUACUCGUGCCCAGUUGGGGGAGGAUUUGCGUCACGAGUAUAAGAUCACAGUUGUAUGUAUCAGUCAAGAUAAUUUAUCUUUGGGUUAAGAGACUCUAUUCUUCAAGGCCCGUGUCUUCUCAAGAUUGUGAUCUUGUGAUUUGAUGCCAUUAUAUUUAUAUGGCAACCAAUUCAACUGUAAUUUUGACAGGUUCUUACGCCAGAACCUGCCAACAAAUAUGCAAUUCCAUUCAAAUAUUUUAAUUUAAUUUUUAAUUGUUUUUU